AGCAUUCAUCGGUUCUCUGCUCUGUUCACCCUGAGUCUCCUCUUCUCCUUCAGAGCAAGGCUUGAGGAUCCAACUAGAAGAAAGCAAUGGGGGAAGCUACUGGAGAACUCGCCUUGAGCCGUAUCCACAGCAUGAGGGAGCGCAUUGGCGAUUCCCUGUCUGCGCAUACCAAUGAGCUUGUGGCUGUCUUCUCAAGGCUUGUGAACCAAGGAAAGGGAAUGCUACAGCCCCACCAGAUCAUUGCUGAGUACAAUGCCGCGAUCUCUGAGUGCGAGCGUGAGAAGCUGAAGGACACUGCCUUUGAGGAUGUGCUGAGGGGAGCACAGGAGGCAAUUGUCAUCCCUCCUUGGGUUGCCCUUGCCAUUCGGCCAAGGCCUGGUGUCUGGGAGUAUGUGAGGAUCAAUGUUAGCCAGCUUGGUGUUGAGGAGUUGAGUGUCCCUGAAUACCUCCAGUUCAAGGAACAGCUUGUGGAUGCAAGCACCCAGAACAAUUUUGUGCUUGAAUUGGACUUCGAGCCAUUCAAUGCCUCCUUCCCUCGCCCAUCGCUAUCAAAGUCUAUUGGCAAUGGUGUGCAGUUCUUGAAUAGGCACCUGUCAUCAAAGCUAUUUCAUGACAAAGAGAGCAUGUAUCCCUUGCUCAAUUUUCUCCGUGCGCACAACUACAAAGGGAUGACCAUGAUGUUGAAUGACAGGAUUCGCAGUCUUAAUGCUCUCCAAGGUGCAUUGAGGAAGGCAGAAAAACAUCUUGCAGGCAUUCCAGCAGACACCCCAUACUCAGAGUUCCACCACAGGUUCCAAGAGCUUGGUUUGGAGAGGGGUUGGGGUGACUGUGCUCAGCGGGUUGGGGAGACUAUUCACCUUCUCUUGGACCUUCUUGAGGCCCCUGACCCAUCUGCUUUGGAGAAGUUCCUUGGAACUAUUCCAAUGGUGUUCAAUGUUGUUAUCCUCUCACCACAUGGUUACUUUGCUCAGGCCAAUGUCUUGGGGUACCCUGAUACUGGUGGGCAGGUUGUCUACAUUUUGGAUCAAGUCCGUGCUAUGGAGAAUGAGAUGCUGUUGAGGAUCAAGCAACAAGGUCUCAACAUCACACCAAGGAUUCUCAUUGUCACCAGGUUGCUCCCUGAUGCGCAUGGCACCACCUGUGGCCAGCGCCUUGAGAAGGUCCUAGGAACUGAGCACACUCAUAUCCUGCGUGUGCCAUUCCGAACUGAACAUGGGACUGUCCGCAAAUGGAUCUCGCGUUUUGAAGUCUGGCCCUACCUGGAAACUUACACCGAUGAUGUGGCACACGAGAUUGCUGGAGAGCUGCAGGCCAAUCCUGACCUGAUCAUUGGGAACUACAGUGAUGGGAACCUUGUUGCAUGUUUGCUGGCACACAAGUUGGGUGUUACUCAUUGUACAAUUGCCCAUGCGCUUGAGAAAACCAAGUACCCCAACUCUGACCUUUACUGGAAGAAGUUUGAGGAUCACUAUCACUUCUCCUGCCAGUUCACAGCUGACUUGAUUGCAAUGAAUCAUGCCGACUUCAUCAUCACCAGUACCUUCCAGGAGAUUGCUGGAAACAAGGAAACUGUGGGACAGUAUGAGUCUCACAUGGCAUUCACAAUGCCUGGCCUUUAUCGUGUUGUUCAUGGCAUUGAUGUCUUCGACCCCAAGUUCAACAUCGUCUCCCCUGGCGCUGACAUGUCCAUCUACUUCCCAUUCACUGAAUCACAGAAGAGGCUCACCUCUCUCCAUGCAGAGAUAGAGGAGCUACUCUUCAGUGAUGUUGAGAACACUGAGCACAAGUUUGUUCUGAAGGACAAGAAAAAGCCCAUCAUCUUCUCGAUGGCUAGGCUAGACCAUGUCAAGAAUUUGACUGGUCUGGUUGAGCUAUAUGGUCGGAACCCUCGCCUGCAGGAGCUAGUAAACCUUGUGGUUGUCUGUGGUGACCAUGGAAAGGAGUCCAAGGACAAGGAAGAGCAGGCCGAGUUCAAGAAGAUGUUUGAUCUGAUCGAGCAGUACAACUUGAAUGGCCACAUCCGCUGGAUCUCUGCUCAGAUGAACCGUGUCCGCAAUGGUGAGCUCUACCGCUACAUCUGCGACAUGAGGGGAGCCUUUGUGCAGCCUGCUUUGUAUGAGGCCUUUGGGCUAACUGUGAUUGAAGCCAUGACUUGUGGUCUUCCAACAUUUGCAACUGCCUAUGGUGGCCCAGCCGAGAUCAUUGUGCAUGGUGUGUCUGGCUACCAUAUUGAUCCUUACCAGAAUGACAAGGCCUCGGCGCUGCUCGUGGAGUUCUUUGAGAAGUGUCAGGAAGACCCGAACCACUGGAUCAAGAUCUCGCAGGGUGGACUUCAGCGCAUUGAGGAGAAGUACACCUGGAAGCUCUACUCUGAGAGACUGAUGACCCUCUCCGGUGUCUAUGGCUUCUGGAAGUACGUCACCAAUCUCGAUAGGCGCGAGACGCGCCGAUACCUCGAGAUGCUUUAUGCCCUCAAGUACCGCAAGAUGGCAACCACUGUUCCGUUGGCUAUUGAGGGAGAGGCGCCGACCAAAUGAUCUGGCCUUACCCGGUGGAAAGAACGGACAAUGGUUGCUCCAUUGUUGCACUGCUGAUUCAGGAGCGGAGGAAACAGAGAUUGAGGGAAUGAAGCAAAGCAUUGAGUUUCCGAGGUUCUGUUGAUUCCAAGGCUGUUGUUGUGGGCUUGUGGGGUUUGCAUGCUGUCGUAAGGAGAGUUACUGGGAAUGGAAUAAUCUACUGUAAUGCUUUGGCCUUUUCAUGGAUGCUAUGAAUGAAAUAAAUGAAUAAAAAAAUUCUCUAUGACUCUAUGUUGAUGAAAUUAUCGGUU